UACGUCAUAUCCACUUACCUUGGUGGAGAGUCUGUCAGCCCCAGGUCCGAGCACCAUGACUUCUAAACAAGACCGAAAAGAUGAGGGAAGCAAUCUACCAAUCAUCUUCUUGUCUACCAUCAGUCUCGGCCUCGUUGUCAUGGUAACCUACCAGAUGGUACAAAUCGUCAGCAUCAAAAAUCACCUUCAUCUGUUACAAGAACAAUGCCCGUGUGAUGUUAUUCCUGAGCAGGGAGUGGAUUCAGAGGGUCAGGACAGACAUCGAAGACAAGUCCCACCUGUUGUUAGCCUCAACCAGACGGUCGUCUCUGCUCUGUUGCCCUAUGUAGAUACGUUGUUUCAGCAAAGAUGCGUAAACAACCAAUCCUUAUGUAUAGCAGUACCUGGUCCACAGGGGUAUCCAGGACAACAAGGCCAGAAGGGUGACGCCGGAGUGACGGGUCAGAAAGGAGACACAGGGAUCCAGGGUGGCAUUGGACAGAAGGGAGAAAAGGGUGUCGCUGGAGUUUCGAUAGGUCAAAAAGGUGAACCCGGGGUGAAAGGAGAGCAAGGAUUUGAUGGCCUUCAAGGGGUUAAUGGGUUCAAAGGUGAUGUCGGUCCACAAGGUGACAAAGGGGAGGUCGGUCUGACAGGGGCGACUGGACCUCAAGGAGUCAAGGGGGAUCAAGGGGUACCCGGACUCCAAGGAUUCCAAGGAAUACAGGGGCCAAAGGGCGACAAUGGUGUAAAUGGAACUCAAGGACCAGUAGGAGAAAAGGGUGCUAUAGGUCUUACAGGCCCUCAAGGUCUACAGGGACCACAGGGAAUCCCUGGUCCCGCUGGACCUAAGGGCGAAAUCGGGCCUGGAGGACCAUUUGGCCCCGCAGGAAUCAAGGGCGAUUCAGGUACAAAUGGUUUUGAUGGAGCAAAGGGAGACACAGGUGCGAUGGGUCCUAAAGGCGGUAUGGGUGAAAAGGGGGACACAGGUGCACAGGGUCCCAUGGGGGUUAAAGGACAACAAGGGCCGACAGGACCGGUAGGCCUGACUGGAAUGAAAGGAGAUGCCGGCCAACAGGGCUCAAAGGGUGAAAUGGGUGCACCGGGGGCGAUAGGUCCCGCGGGUAUCAAAGGCGAUAGUGGCCCUACAGGAGCCAGCGGAAUGACAGGGUUCAAAGGUGAUAAGGGAGAGAGUGGGCCUUUUGGUCCAGCAGGACCAGCAGGAAUCAAGGGAGACCAGGGAUCGCCUGGACCACAGGGUCCUCAAGGAGCCAGUGGACCAAAAGGUGACAUGGGACCUCAGGGGAUGAAAGGUGAAGCCGGAAGGGAUGGUCCCUUUGGUCCAAGAGGUUUAAAGGGCGAACAGGGGUCAGCUGGAGCUCCUGGUUCUCCGGGUCUGGGCGGGCUAAAGGGCGACCUUGGACCAAAGGGUGAUAUGGGGGUACCUGGGCUGUCUGGGAGAGACGGUGUUAUGGGUCCUAAGGGAGCCACUGGGGCUCAGGGCGAGAAAGGGGCCACAGGUCUCUCUAGCAACUGUUGCAACAUGCUCUCGGUACCUCACUUCCAAGGUGGGGAUACUUUUACUGUACGUGCCAGAGUUGGGGCGACAAUCCUGUUGCCUUGCCGAACCAAUGGCGGUUACCCUACGCCAUCUAUAAGCUGGGUCAAGGACGCGGGUAAUAAGACGCUGGUUACGUCACAAGGUACACCGACGUCAUCAGGACUCAUCUUACGGGACAUCAAGACACAGGAUAGCGGUAUCUACAAAUGUCAUGCCGAGAACGCUCUGGGCUCCGUUGAAAAGACGGUCAUCGUCACCGUUGAAGACGAUGCUCCUCAUAUAACCGCCAAUCAGAAGGUCAUAGGCGUUGCAAUCGGUGAGUCUGUUAACAACGUCUGUGACGUGACGCAUGCCAACAAUGUGACGUUGACCUACUCAAAGGUCAACGGAUUACUCCCCACACAUAACAUCCUUCCGGCCGGAAAUAUAGUGUUCUACUUCCGGUCCGCCUCCAACACAGGAGAGUACAGAUGUGAGGCCAUCACCAGUAAGGGAACAGUCUCCACACAGUUCUAUGUUUACCAGCGGAUAGAUAGGCUAACGUGUACGACAACGUUCGCUGACUGUACCUCCAGCGAUAGGGCUAUGUGUGGUGGCGACUGUCCCGCCGGAUGUACGGAUUUGGACGCUACACACCAGCUCCACGCGCACCGAUUCUCACUGAGUCUCCCCGUCUGCUCAGCGGCCGUCAAUAGUCAAACAAUCACUGGAAAAGGAGGUCACGUGAUUUGGAAGAACGCGCACGUAGUCGGCGGUGAAGCAGCCGAGUUUGUGACGAAAUUUCCGUGAACCACAAUAACCUCCAUGGCGAUGACGUCAUAUAUUCACGUGAUAAACGGGCAUCUGCGUCCUGGUGGUGCUUGCAUGUAUUUUAUUUUAGUAUUUUUUUUAUAUACCUGUGUUAAUAAACGGACAAAUAAACAA